CCUGGUCAGCAGCUGGUUGGUGUGGUCUGGCCCCGCCCCCCUGCAGGAGUGAGCUGUGGAUCUACUUCCUGCCUGUGGGUCUGUUGUGUUUCUGUUUGUGGCUCGUCCUCGUCCUCCUCGUCCUCGUCCUCCUCGUCGUCUCUCUGCAGACAUGUCGGAGGAGCCCGUCACCCUCGCCGCCGUCACCGUGCUGGCCGUCCUGGAGCAAGCUUAUUUCUCUCUCCAGGUGAUUUACGCCCGGAGGAAGUUCUCCGUGUCGGCGCCCUCCACAACCGGACCGCCGGAGUUUGAGAGAGUCUUCAGAGCUCAAACAAACUGCUCCGAGUAUUUCCCCAUCUUCAUCACCGUCCUGUGGACGGCCGGAGUCUUCUUCAGCCCAGGUGUGUCCUCAAUGUGUGGGCUGCUUUAUCUUUACGGACGCUUCCGUUACUUUCAUGGAUAUUCACAGUCGUCACAGGGACGUCUGGCUCCGAUGUAUUUCAGCGCUCGGGUUCUCUGGGCUCUGAUUGGCUUCUCCUCUGUGGGCGUCGUCCUCUCGUUCUUCCGAGUUUUCCUGGGCGUGGAUCUUCUGCAGCAGCUUCGCUCCGCCCUCGGCCUGCUGUGACGGGGGUCAGAGGUCACCUUGGCUCCGCCCUCCUCUGAUGAUGGGGGUUCAGAGGUCAGGGAGAAGGAGGACAUAAUCUCAUUUUCUCCAGGUGUUGAAAAUUCUGCUUUUCAAUUUAAAGUUUUUCUGAUAAUCUCACAAAACCAAAGAGACGAUCUAAUUAAAUAAUCUAAAUUAAUGACACAAACAUUUUCUCUGUUUAUUUUAUAGUACUCUGUGUGAGAUAUAUUAAUAUUUAAAAGAACCUGUUCUUCUUUAUCAACGUGUGAAUUUCUGAAUUCCUGAAAUAAAGUCACUCGUCUUC